GGAGAGCAUUCCCAACAAUCACAAGAAAAAAAAAAACAAAACAAAACAACGAUAACAGAGAAACAACAGCCAAGUAAAUGGCAUUCCUUGUAAGAAGUACUUCCACAGAAGCUACCCUUUGUCUCCUCUUACUCUUGCUUAUGAGAGUAAGCAGCAAUACAAAUGUCAUCACUAAACAAGUCAAACACCCAAAACCAAAAACAUGGCCAAAACAAUUCCACUCAGUACUUGUAAUAAAAAACCCAAAAACAGAAGAAAUGCAAGUGGUAGAUUUAUGGUACGACUGGUACAAUGGUCGCAAUUUAAACCUUGUACAACACCAACUAGGAAAACUUCUGUACGAUGUAGAGUGGAACAAUGGCACAUCUUAUUACUUUACACUUAAUGACAGUUACAGCGAAUGUCGUACUGUUGUAUUUGAGGUUGGAAUUUUGAGGCCUAAUUGGUUGGAAGGUGCUACUUAUUUGGGACAGCGUUACAUUGAUGGUUUUCUUUGUAAUGUUUGGUAUAAGGUGGACUUUAUUUGGUAUUAUGAGGAUGUUCUCACACGUAGGCCCGUUCAUUGGGUCUUUUACACGGGUAGAGCAGUUCAUGUGAUGACCUUUGAGGUGGGUGCUGUGUUGGAGGAUUCCAAGUGGCAGGCCCCUGAUUACUGCUUUAACAAGGAGGAGGAUGAGGGGGAGGAGCACCAAACAACUCGUUUUCGUUCUCGCGAUUCAUACCAGAGAGAUUCAAUUUAACUGCUACGGUUAUAUGAUUCCUUUUCAGUUACUGCCUCUUAGUGUUGCUGCUUCUACUUCUGUUUGAUAUGAGGACUUUAAUUUCCAUGUCAAUGCUUAUGGAUUAUAUGAUUAGAUUAUUAGUAUAUGGCCUUCAGAAGGUAAUAUAUGUUCAAAUUAGGCCAUCCCACUACACUGCUACUAAGUAUUAACUUAUUAAUGAAUCUUGCAUUGUUGCACUUGCAAAGAUUCUCACUACUUUUUGCAUUGAAGCCCUGAACUUCAGGUAGCACAAUCAUCACCAACAUUAGGAUGAGCUUGGCUGGUAGCUGUUCUGUCCUUUCCUGUGAGACUCAAGGUCCGAGGAAACCUCCUUGUCUUUCUCUCCAACACCCCCCCCCCGGUAUAGAAGCAAGUGUGGCUGUUUCCAUAGGCAUAUUACUGGUAGGCAGGGAAAUUUAUAUUGAAAUAUUGGGAGUGAUGUUUCUUAUAGUCCUCCAAAUUGUCGAAUUCUUUCAAAUUACCCAAAGUCAAGGCUCAAUAUGAUUCCCUAAAUAUAUUAAGAAUAUAGGGUCGUAAAGGAGUAUCCAUGUAUGGGAUGUUUGCGUAGAUGGGAUAAGUAAUAGUGGAGACUUGGGAGUGAUAAGGCCACAAUAAUUUUGGAAAUCCAAUCUCGUGGUGCUGUUACUUUGUUAGUCACAAUCUUUGUAUUGAACUCUUCAUAGGUGUCAGACUUGUGUGAUGUAUCUGAUGUGGAGAGUGGGUGCAAUAAUGAUCAUAGAUGUAAACAACUGAGUUAAACAUGGAUUGGCUUUGUAAAUUUUAGUUACACACAUUGGGACUUUAGUGGUUUAUCUUCUAAGGAACCGCUUUCCCCUAGAAAGGAGCAGGUUUUCAUUAUUUGAGUUUUAUUACUACAACUCAUUCGUGUGGAAUUGUGGGAGUGACUCGAGAUAUCUCUGAAUAAUGAUUAGGAACCACCUUCGAUGCCUCAUAAGGUUUCAUUUGAGCAAAAAGAGAAGUGAUAUUGAGAAGCUUGGUCUUGCCAUAUUUGGGAGGACAUAUUAGGUGUUAGUGACAGGGGUUGCAAGUGCAUGGAGCUUGAGUGUGUUCACUGUAUGCCACGUCUAGAGAUUACGACCUUAGUCGUCCUCUAUGCCUUGAUUUUGUUUUUGUUAUCAUUGAAUUAUAAUAAUUUUGGUGCUCCAUGGCUGUGUUGUAGAUGAUUAUUAAGUAAAAGGACUGCUAGGAUUAGCUUUAGUAGAGCUAGAUGGAUCCUUGUUGCACCAUCUUUUUGAACUUUUACUUGAAUUGAACAUGGCAGAGUUAUAAGGGGUUAGAGGAGGAACUGGAAGCUUGGCUUGUUUGUGAAAAUUUGAUUGAUGUAAUGGAAUAAGUAAAUUUAUUACCUGUAGGUAGUUCUUGAGUGUGAUUGAGGUGAGCAGGACCUGUAGAAUGGAGAGUUUUAUAAAUUAUAACUGGAGAUGUAACUUUCUUUUGUCAAGACCAUGGAAGAAGAGUCAGUAUCACCGUGAUACCUAUAUGGUUACGCAUGAUCAAAAGCAGGCAAAGCUGUGAUAAAUCACAAUUGGUAUGAUUACUCUUGAAAUUCUGACAUGUAUGAUUAUCCACGGCAAGCAAUGCAGUUAUUUCGUAGGGGCAGAGAGAGUAGAUGAUGAUAUGCUACAGUCAGAUGAUGAAAGGCUGCAACAAUGCAGUGUAAUUAAAUCAUUUACUUGAUUCAGAAUAAUUGAAAAUUUUACUUUCAAACUAAGCUGAUGUAACAAAAGUAAAGUCGUUCUAAGAUAUAGGGCUAGCUAUGGAUGCUCCUUUCAUCCAUCAUUGUCCCGUUUGGACUGUUCUGUAUCUGUAUCUGCGUGCUGCAUAUAGGAAACCACAGAAAUUGAUGAUACUGAGUCCAGUAAGAAGCCAGUAAAGAUAAUCAAAUCUGCCAGUAUUGAUAUUCUGGGAUAACCAUGAAGGGCGUCGUUUUUCAUCAUCUACUGUGGCAGAUUUAAUAAUAUUGUUCAAAACUGUUGCCGCAAAGCAACCCAAGCCCCCUGCAACAGCUGCAUAGGCAGAUCCUAUGCUUCUCAUGGCAUCAGGUGCUUCCUCAUAUAAGAAUUCCAGCAAUCCGACAAUGCAGAAGACUUCAGCAAUGCCAAUGAGGCAGUAUUGGAUUAGCAGCCAAAAUGCACUUAGUUCCGGCAUCGGGGUGAGAAAGCUAGCCUCAUAUUCAUGGCUAAUGGCAUAAUUUCUCCUGAACCUCUCAAAAACCCCUGCCCAUGCAACUGAGAGAAUAGAUAUUCCCAUGCCAAUGCCUACCCUUUGAAGCUGAGAGGCUCCAUGAGGAUGUCCUGUGAUGCGUCUUGAUAUAGGGACAAAUAUGUAGUAAUAAAGGGAGAGCACAAGGAAGAUGCUUAGGGCAGGAAAUACAGGCAUGCAGGUUACCGGGACCUUAAGAUGACCUAUGUGGGUGUUUAAAGUGUAUGCUUGUUGGACGGAUAGAGUUAGGAAUUCCGUUAAGAUUAGACUCAACAUGAUGGUACUGGCUGGUAUAGGUAAUAGCUUUAUCAGGAUUUUGACUUCCUCCACUUGGGUAACUGUACAGAGCCUCCAAGGGCUGGGAUCUGGGCCAUCUUCUGGCAACUUAAGGGCUGCUUUGUCCAAAUAUCUACAGCAAUGGUAAGCAUGUGUAUUAGAACCAAUUUGAAGAUCCAAGGGACUGAUUUAAUGCAAAUUUGUGCGGAAACUUAAAAAGUUUACCUGAAAUCAUCAGUGUGAGCAAUUUUCGCACUACCCUUAAUGGCAGAUCUUUUUCCUGGAAGCUCAUGAAGGCCAAUCAUCUCACUGCUAGAGAAAGAAGCGUUUCUUUUUCGGAAGGCUGCAACCAGAACUUGUGCAAUACGUGUCAAAGGGCUUCCCCCAGGCAAUCUAUGCCUGUAAGUAGGAGUGCCAAUAAAGAAUAGUACAUUAGAGAUACCCAUGCCCAAGGCUAAUGAACCAAAUGCAGAUCCCCAGCCAUGUUGAAUCUGAAUAUAGACGAUUGCAGUGAAUGCUACGAUAGCCCCAACAGUGACAGACAGGUAGAACACAUUGAAGAACUUGUCCAAGUGAGCCUUGUAAUCUCUACUACUUUCAUCAAAUUGAUCGGCUCCGAAAGAAGAGACACAGGGCCUUAUACCUGCUGCUCCAAACCCUGUUAUAUAGAGAACCGUGUUGAGGUAAAGCAUCUGCCAUGGCUUUGCAGGCUCACAGGUCCCUAGAAGUAGUGCUAUCUGAUCACAUUGCUCUUGGUUUGGCACAAACAACUUCAUUGUUGCACAUAAUGUUAUCCCUGUCAACCCCUUUAGUUCAGUGCAUACAAGCGAAAAUCAGAGGAUAAGCUUAAAUCAGUUUGUCAUCUAUUUAUGCAGAGUAGAAAAAAUCAUUAUUUAGGUGUAUAUCCUAAUGGCCUGUUUUGAAAAAUCAGAGGAUAAGCUUAAAUCAGUUUGUCAUCAAAAUGAAGGGACACAAUGACUUAAAAAUAUAAUUGGUUACCAUAAGAUAGAUAGUUGUAAAGAUUGCAAUAGUCCAAUAUCGACCGAGAUAGGCAUCUGCUAUAAAGCCACCGAGUACAGAUGACACUUGUGAUAUUCCCAGGAAGAUGUUAACAGCAUUGGCUGAACUCGAGAAGGGCCGAUGCAUAACAUAGAACAUAAAAGCCACCAUGUUUACAGAUAGACCAAAGUAUGCCAUUCUCUCAGCCAUCUCAUUUCC